AUGGCCCGACCAACGAACGGCUCAGGUGGAGAAUCCCAGGCACUGGCCCUGCGGUCGGCCCCGGGAGGCCCUCCGCGCAGCGGUCCUCACGCCCCGUCCACCCCAACCACCUCCUGCCGCGGGCACUCACGUUCCGGCCCCGAGGCCUCGGCGCCUCCCUCUGGCGGCCAGGCCUCGGCCGAGGCGUCGUCUGGCGGCGCGAGGGUCGCAGGAGGCCUGCGGGUUCGGCGAGGGCGCCGCCGCCGCCGAGCUGGCCCAGGCGCAGCCGCUCCCUGGGCGGUGGUGUGUCCCGGUGGCCAGGGCAGAGGCGCAUCGCCGGCGGACAGGCCGUCCGGGGAGCCCUGGGUCCCCGGGGCCGCCUUCCCGUCAGGGCCUUCGGCGAGAGUCGCCGCUGAGGUGGGGCCGGCAUCAGGCGGGCCUGGUGCUGCAGUGCAGAGAAGAGGAGGUCUCACCCGCGGGCCGACCUUGGCCGUGGCCCCGUCAACGCACGGCUCAGGCGGAGCCUCCCAGGCACUGGCCCUGCCGUCGGCCCCCCGGCGGCCCUCCCCGCAGCGGGCCCGACGGACUUCCACGUUGCAGGCCUGUCCCGGCCCCUGCCCGCCUGCUCCGCCCUCGCUGAGACGUCAUGCCUGCUUCACGGCCGGCGUGGCCACCCAGGCCCCGUCCACCCCAACCACCUCCUGCCGCGGGCACUCACGUUCCGGCCCCGAGGCCUCGGCGCCUCCCUCUGGCGGCCAGGCCUCGGCCGAGGCGUCGUCUGGCGGCGCGAGGGUCGCAGGAGGCCUGCGGGUUCGGCGAGGGCGCCGCCGCCGCCGAGCUGGCCCAGGCGCAGCCGCUCCCUGGGCGGUGGUGUGUCCCGGUGGCCAGGGCAGAGGCGCAUCGCCGGCGGACAGGCCGUCCGGGGAGCCCUGGGUCCCCGGGGCCGCCUUCCCGUCAGGGCCUUCGGCGAGAGUCGCCGCUGAGGUGGGGCCGGCAUCAGGCGGGCCUGGUGCUGCAGUGCAGAGAAGAGGAGGUCUCACCCGCGGGCCGACCUUGGCCGUGGCCCCGUCAACGCACGGCUCAGGCGGAGCCUCCCAGGCACUGGCCCUGCCGUCGGCCCCCCGGCGGCCCUCCCCGCAGCGGGCCCGACGGACUUCCACGUUGCAGGCCUGUCCCGGCCCCUGCCCGCCUGCUCCGCCCUCGCUGAGACGUCAUGCCUGCUUCACGGCCGGCGUGGCCACCCAGGCCCCGUCCACCCCAACCACCUCCUGCCGCGGGCACUCACGUUCCGGCCCCGAGGCCUCGGCGCCUCCCUCUGGCGGCCAGGCCUCGGCCGAGGCGUCGUCUGGCGGCGCGAGGGUCGCAGGAGGCCUGCGGGUUCGGCGAGGGCGCCGCCGCCGCCGAGCUGGCCCAGGCGCAGCCGCUCCCUGGGCGGUGGUGUGUCCCGGUGGCCAGGGCAGAGGCGCAUCGCCGGCGGACAGGCCGUCCGGGGAGCCCUGGGUCCCCGGGGCCGCCUUCCCGUCAGGGCCUUCGGCGAGAGUCGCCGCUGAGGUGGGGCCGGCAUCAGGCGGGCCUGGUGCUGCAGUGCAGAGAAGAGGAGGUCUCACCCGCGGGCCGACCUUGGCCGUGGCCCCGUCGACGCACGGCUCAGGCGGAGCCUCCCAGGCACUGGCCCUGCCGUCGGCCCCCCGGCGGCCCUCCCCGCAGCGGGCCCGACGGACUUCCACGUUGCAGGCCUGUCCCGGCCCCUGCCCGCCUGCUCCGCCCUCGCUGAGACGUCAAGCCUGCUUCACGGCCGGCGUGGCCACCCAGGCCCCGUCCACCCCAACCACCUCCUGCCGCGGGCACUCACGUUCCGGCCCCGAGGCCUCGGCGCCUCCCUCUGGCGGCCAGGCCUCGGCCGAGGCGUCGUCUGGCGGCGCGAGGGUCGCAGGAGGCCUGCGGGUUCGGCGAGGGCGCCGCCGCCGCCGAGCUGGCCCAGGCGCAGCCGCUCCCUGGGCGGUGGUGUGUCCCGGUGGCCAGGCCAGAGGCGCAUCGCCGGCGGACAGGCCGUCCGGGGAGCCCUGGGUCCCCGGGGCCGCCUUCCCGUCAGGGCCUUCGGCGAGAGUCGCCGCUGAGGUGGGGCCGGCAUCAGGCGGGCCUGGUGCUGCAGUGCAGAGAAGAGGAGGUCUCACCCGCGGGCCGACCUUGGCCGUGGCCCCGUCAACGCACGGCUCAGGCGGAGCCUCCCAGGCACUGGCCCUGCCGUCGGCCCCCCGGCGGCCCUCCCCGCAGCGGGCCCGACGGACUUCCACGUUGCAGGCCUGUCCCGGCCCCUGCCCGCCUGCUCCGCCCUCGCUGAGACGUCAUGCCUGCUUCACGGCCGGCGUGGCCACCCAGGCCCCGUCCACCCCAACCACCUCCUGCCGCGGGCACUCACGUUCCGGCCCCGAGGCCUCGGCGCCUCCCUCUGGCGGCCAGGCCUCGGCCGAGGCGUCGUCUGGCGGCGCGAGGGUCGCAGGAGGCCUGCGGGUUCGGCGAGGGCGCCGCCGCCGCCGAGCUGGCCCAGGCGCAGCCGCUCCCUGGGCGGUGGUGUGUCCCGGUGGCCAGGCCAGAGGCGCAUCGCCGGCGGACAGGCCGUCCGGGGAGCCCUGGGUCCCCGGGGCCGCCUUCCCGUCAGGGCCUUCGGCGAGAGUCGCCGCUGAGGUGGGGCCGGCAUCAGGCGGGCCUGGUGCUGCAGUGCAGAGAAGAGGAGGUCUCACCCGCGGGCCGACCUUGGCCGUGGCCCCGUCAACGCACGGCUCAGGCGGAGCCUCCCAGGCACUGGCCCUGCCGUCGGCCCCCCGGCGGCCCUCCCCGCAGCGGGCCCGACGGACUUCCACGUUGCAGGCCUGUCCCGGCCCCUGCCCGCCUGCUCCGCCCUCGCUGAGACGUCAUGCCUGCUUCACGGCCGGCGUGGCCACCCAGGCCCCGUCCACCCCAACCACCUCCUGCCGCGGGCACUCACGUUCCGGCCCCGAGGCCUCGGCGCCUCCCUCUGGCGGCCAGGCCUCGGCCGAGGCGUCGUCUGGCGGCGCGAGGGUCGCAGGAGGCCUGCGGGUUCGGCGAGGGCGCCGCCGCCGCCGAGCUGGCCCAGGCGCAGCCGCUCCCUGGGCGGUGGUGUGUCCCGGUGGCCAGGGCAGAGGCGCAUCGCCGGCGGACAGGCCGUCCGGGGAGCCCUGGGUCCCCGGGGCCGCCUUCCCGUCAGGGCCUUCGGCGAGAGUCGCCGCUGAGGUGGGGCCGGCAUCAGGCGGGCCUGGUGCUGCAGUGCAGAGAAGAGGAGGUCUCACCCGCGGGCCGACCUUGGCCGUGGCCCCGUCGACGCACGGCUCAGGCGGAGCCUCCCAGGCACUGGCCCUGCCGUCGGCCCCCGGCGGCCCUCCCCGCAGCGGGCCCGACGGACUUCCACGUUGCAGGCCUGUCCCGGCCCCUGCCCGCCUGCUCCGCCCUCGCUGA